AUGAUACGUUGUCCAUGUCCGAAGUGUGGCUUCCGCCUCUUACAAAAUAGAGAGGAUGCGUUUGAUCACUUGGUGAUCAACCCUUUCCCGUCUACUUACACAUUUUGGAUCCAUCACGGUGAGAGACGCGAGGUCGAGCGCUCUUGUGACGGACAAGAGGAGCAAUCUGAACAACAUUUCAACGCCCCGAUGCUUGAUAUGGUCCACGAUGCAUUCAACAUCUCAGGACUUCCCGGUCCCGAAGAAGACUCGGAGCAUGAACCGGACGAGAGCGCUAUGGAUGAGUUGCCUAACUUAUACAAUGAACCUAGUCGAGAGACCCGCAACUUUCACGACCUACUCGAAGACGGGGAGCAGGAGUUAUACCCAGGAUGUACAAAGUUCUCUAAGUUGUCGUUCUUGGUGAGGCUCUAUCACAUUAAGUCCAUGUGCGGAGUGAGCGAUAAGGCCUUCGGAAUGAUAUUGGAGUUGCUUGCGGACGCUUUUGAGCAUGCCCGGAUUCCAUCCACUGUGCACGAUGCCAAAAAAGUCAUAAGAAAACUCGGUCUCGAGUACAAGAAGAUAGAUGCAUGUCCAAAUGACUGCAUGCUAUACCAGGGCAACGACCAAGAGCUGACCAAAUGCAAGCAGUGUGGGACAUCUAGAUGGAAGCAUAAGACUAAGAAGAACUCUAUGGUGAGGAUCAAGACGGUUGUCAAGAAGAACGGCAAACCACAAGCGGCGAAGAUUCUUCGUUACUUCCCCCUUAUUCCACGAUUGCAGAGGUUAUAUAUGUCUAGUAAGACAGCCGUUGACAUGCUGUGGCAUAAGAGAAGUCCUAACUCUGAUGGUAUGUAUAGGCAUCCAAGGGACGCCGAGGCAUGGAAGUCAUUUGACGUACGAUAUCCAGACUUCUCUCGUGAUCCGCGUAGUGUUCGCCUAGCAUUAGCUAGCGAUGGCUUUAACCCUUUUGGGAACAUGAGCUCGAAGUACUCAAUUUGGCCAGUGGUUCUUAUCCCGUAUGACAUGCCGCCUUGGAUUUGCAUGAAACGCACUUCGUUCAUCCUCUCUAUGAUUAUUGCUGGUCCUAAAAUGCCUGGAAAUGACAUAGACGUGUACCUAGAGCCGUUGAUCAACGAGUUGAAGCAAUUAUGGAGGGGUGUUGAAACUUAUGAUGCAGUCGAGAAAAAAAUACUCUGCUAUUGCUGA